AUGUCCAUGGCCGCCGAUUUCCGACGAUGGCUUCGCCAGAAGCAGUACACCUUUGAGGUUACGUUUGCGCUCAACAUGUUUCGCUCGUGGGAAAAGUCCAUCAUCUACUCGGUGCUUUUUCUGCUCAUCAGCAUGACCUUUAUAGCCGCGGUGCUGUACCUGCCUCACCACAUCAACGUCCUCGUCGGCCGGGCGUGGUACUACAUCAAGGGGGAGCACAUCAACGCAGCGGUCUCGGCGCGCGAGGCAGUCAAGGAGAUUUCGGCGAGUUUGGCGAGUGAGGCUCUGCCGACGGCGGCAGCCAAGGAGGCUAUCGCUGGGACGAUUGAGAAGGAGUUGUAA